AUGUCAUUUGGUGGAAUUAACACAUUUCAGCAGUAUAACACAGAUUUAGGGCUCGGCCAUAAUGGUGUUAGAAUAUCCUUAAACUACUUUGAUGGCUCACCGGAUCCAAGCUUUUUGAACUCUUUGUACUCGAACGAAUUGAAACUUAUUUUCAAAUCCCUUUUGAAAAGAGAUGAAACUACAAAAGAGAAGGCCUUAAUGGAUCUUUCCAAUUUGAUAACCGACUUUGACCAGAAUGAGUACUUUUUCAAUGACAUUUUCCUUCUUUGUUGGUCGCAAAUAUAUGCCAAACUGGUAAUUAGUGAUUACAAGGUUAUCAGACUGCAGUCUCAUCAAAUUACUAUAAUGCUUGUCAAAAGUCUUAAGAAAAAAAUAUCAAAAUUUUUGAAGGAUUUCAUACCUUUGAUACUUCUCGGUACGUGCGAACUCGAUCAUAGUGUGGCCAAGCCUUGUUUCAAUGAAUUAGCGGAAUGUUUCAACAAAGAUCCAGCAAAAAUCAAUGCUUUAUGGUCUGUUUUUGAAGAACAGCUAUUGGAUUUAGUAAAGGAGAUUGUUGUAAACGAAAAUGAAGAUACCAUUUCCAAUGAACGUUACUCCAGUAAAGAAGAAUCUGAAUUUAGGUACCACAGAGUUAUAGCAAGUGCGGUAUUGCUUCUGAUUAAACUUUUUGUUCAUAACAAAGACAUCUCUGAAUGUAAAUCUUGUAUCAACGAAAUUCUUUCUGAUGAGUCAAUCUGGAAAUUACUGAACUUAAAAAGUGGCCAAAAUACAAAUACCUACGAAACCGUUCUUCAAUUGAUUAAUGUUCUUUAUACAAGUGGUUACAUGCCUUCUCACAAAGAUAUAAUGAAGUUAGCAGUGAAGAAAUUACUGAAAUCGCUGGCACAUGUCACGUCAAAGAAUAUUCUAAAAGCAAGUCCUGUUUUCCCACCAAUAUUAAACCUUUUAGCCACUCUAGAUGACUAUAGAGACGGGAAAAUAUGGGCAUAUGAUAAAUCUUCUAAAGAAAAACUAAUCGGAUUUUUGUCCAUUUCCUGUACUUCACCAUCACCAGGGUUUUUCAAGGGCAUGUUUGCGUUGUACAGCUCAACCAAUAGGCACGGUUUUCUUGAUUAUGAUCUUGAAUGGCUUCCAAUUUGGCAAAAAUCAAUACAAAAACUGAAUGAAAAGGCCUUUUCUGGAAGGAAUAGUGCUGAGGUUCUCAAUGAGUUUUGGACGAAUUUCUUGAAGUUUGCUGAGGAUUCUUCAGAAGAAAAAGUGAAAGGAAUAGUGGAAGCUGAAAUUUUAAACACUCUUUCCAGCGGGAGAUCUUUAACCGAAUUCACGAAAUUGAAUCACACUCUUGGUGGUGUCCUUCCACCCGAUAAGUGGGAAAGAGAGAUUGAAGAUUACUUCACUUCAGAUGAUGACACAAGGAAAAGGAAGGUAUGUUUCGAAAGGAAUCUUUUUGCUCUAUUGGUAACUGCCCCCAAUAACGAAUCCGCGAUUAAUUCCUUGUUCGAUUUUUUUGUGCAAUUGGUCGAAACAGAUCCCUCAAAUGUUUUCAACAGAUACAAUGGUGUAUAUGAAGCUCUCAAUUACUUUUUAGAUUCCAAAAUGAUUUUUCUGAAUGAGAAGAUAGGGAAACUUAUAUACAAAGUUCCAACAUUGGUUCAAGAAUCAACGUAUCAAAACUUUGCUGGUAUCAUAACACAUUAUUCGAAUUCCACCUUUUUCAAGAUGAAUGACGAUGCAAUUUCUUCGUUAGAAAAUUUCUUUAUCGUUGCAUUUUCUUUUAGCGUACCAAAAGCAUCAAUUUUAGACACAAUGAAUGAGUUGGACAAUGACGUUUAUCAACAAUUAUUGAAAUCAGAUUCUUUCGAGUUAGAUUUGUACAUCGAAGAUUAUUUUAAAAAUUAUAAGUUUGACGACAGUGGCGAGUUAUUUAAAGGUAAAAAUAAAAUUUUAAAUCAAAAAACUAUCGUCACACUUUACCAAAGCGCAGUUGCCAAUGACCAGAUUGAACGGUUUUGUGCAGUUUUAUCUAAAUUAGAUAAAACUUUUUUUUCAACGUUGUUACUAAAUACCGACUUCCUUUCCUGCGUAUUGUAUGAGGUUUCAGAAGACACUGAUGAAGAACUAUUUAAGUUGUCGUUACAGUCGGCUAGAGAGAAUCCUAAGAUUGCAGAUAAGUUGGCUCAAAUUAUUCUACAACAUGCUCAGGUUUAUUUUAGCCCUUCAACAAAAGAAAAGUAUGUCAAGCACGCUGUGGAGCUAGUUAAUAACUGCGACGAUACUUCUCCAAUUUUUUUCCCCACCGAUGCAAUCAGAGUUUUUGCCAGGUAUAUGCCAACGAUUGAUCACAGGUCAUCCUUGGUGAGCAGCUUAGGUACUAACACGCAUUUACUCGUUACAGACGAUAAGCCCAUUAAUUUAACAAGUAUGCAAAAACUGAUUAGGUAUGCUCUAUUCUUAGAUUCAUUGCUCGAAGCUCUGCCAGACCACAUCAAUAGCUGUAUUGUUGCAUUUAUAACGGUAGUUUCCGAGCUAGUCACUGACUAUAACUGUCUUUCGGAGGAACCGAAUGAUCUUUACUAUGAUUUUGGGUAUACAUUUUUUAAACAUGGCAAGGUUGAUUUCAAUUUUUCCGAUAUUGUUGAAAGCAUCAUCCAUCCUGCCUAUGGUGGCGAUGCUUUAUUUACUGUUGAUAUUGCUGAAGGUAAUUAUGUUUACUUUUUUUAUUAUUCAAGAGUAUUAUAUAAGGUUUUAUUGAACGGCAUUGAUACGGUCUCAUCUGCCACAUUAAAUGGGCUAUUAGCAUUGGUUGAAAGUCAUGUAACUAAAACUGUGAAGAAUCACAAAUCUACUGAUAAAGAUUACCUGCUAUGUGCUAUAUUACUUUUGGUGUUUAACAGAUCCAACUCUAAAGAUGAGAUGACCAAAUUAAGAACAUUACUGGCGUCUCAAUUGAUUGGGAUUAGAGAAGUGGAACUUGUCGAUCGUGAAUUCAAAUCAUUAGUUCUUUUGAAUAUUCUGCUGGAUAUCCCAGAGGCAGAUAAACAGUUUGUUCCUAUAGCGCCACAGAGAUUGAACAUGAUAUUCCGUUCAAUACUGAAAUGGUUAGAUAGUGAUCUUGCCUAUGAGCCUAGUUUUAGCAUUGCUAGAUUGUUACUACUGGAAUUUUUUACCAAACUGAUGAGGUUUGAAGGUGUCAGAGAUUUGGGCUUAACAGCUUUUGAACUCUCAGAAAGGUUGUUGGCAGAUUCUCUAUCGAUGUGUCAACUCGACGAUACUUCAUUUUUACUAGAACUCCGCUCUUCCUGUUUGAAUUUAUAUGAAACAUUGUCGCUUGGUGUUUCCAAAAAUGGUAAAGAAAUCUCAGAAUAUAGCGAUGAAAUUCAUGAGAAUUUAAUUGAAAUGAUUUUUUUAAACUUCAAUCAAGAAAGAAACAAUCAAGUGUCUACAUUAUUCUACCAGAAAUUGUACAAGGCCAUUUCUUCAAUGGAACUUAAAAAUUUAGAACCGCAAUACAAAAGAAUAUUCGACGCUGUAUUAAAUGACAAGGACAUCGGUCGCAAUAUUAAUCAAUCAAGGCUAUUAACAACUUUUUUGAGUUCUUUGGUCGUGAGAACGCAACAGGAUAUUAUAAUUGAGUACGAGCUGAAGGUUCAAAAACAAGCUGGUUCAGAUGAAGAUGGUAGUGCAUCUAAUAAUAGUGUAAACUCCAAAUUUAAACUACCUCAAGAAUUGUUACGAAAAGUUGCUAAUGGGGUGCCAAAGGAAUACCUUGAAUAUGAGGAUAAAAACUCAUUUAUCAAAUACCUGUGGUAUUGGCAUUUGAUACUGAUGUAUUUCAAAGAUACGUCUUAUAAUAUGAGACAAUUAUUUAUUGAACAAUUAAAGGAAGCCGGUUUAAUCAAUAAAAUGUUUGAUUUUAUUACGGAUCAAAUAGAUUUACGAGAUAAUGACUUUUGGAAACAGGUUGACACUAAUGAGAUCUCACGGUAUGACAUCGUCGGAAAUAAUUUCUCUCCUUAUAAAGAGGACAUAUUUGAAGAAUGUAAAAAACUGUUGGGUCAUACACUUUACCAAUUAUUUAAUAAUGUUGGUUCUUUGACGAGUAUUUGGUGGUUAAAUAUAAAAGAUAGGUCAUUACAAAAUGAUAUUGAAAAGUUCGUCUCACAGUUCAUCUCACCAAUUUUGAUCAAAAAUGAAUUCGACGAUAUCAAUUCUAAGAUGGACCGCCUAACGUCUAGUGAUGAUGCGUUGACUAUUAAAUUAAACAAUAUUACUAAUGAAGUGAAGGCAAGCUAUUUAAUUGAUGAGCAAAAGUUGGAAAUCUCCUUUAAACUACCAAAGAACUACCCGUUAACAAAUAUUCAAGUUAAUGGUGUCUCUAGAGUUGGUAUAAGUGAACAAAAAUGGAAACAGUGGAUAAUGUCUACACAACAUGUAAUUACAGGCAUGAAUGGAUCCGUUUUGGAUUCUUUGGAGUUGUUUACUAAAAAUGUCCACUUACAAUUUUCUGGCUUCGAAGAAUGUGCCAUAUGUUAUUCUAUACUACAUGCCGUGGAUAGGAAACUGCCUUCAAAGACAUGUCCCACUUGUAAAAAUAAGUUUCAUGGUGCAUGUCUUUACAAAUGGUUUCGCUCAUCGGGUAACAACACAUGUCCAUUAUGCCGUAGUGAGAUUCCAUUUAGGAGAUAA